GUAAUGUACUCGACUCCCACACGUACACACAUGCACUCCAUCCAUGAUCCGAACGCCUCGUCUUAUUGCUUUGACGUUCGAGGACCAAGCCAGGCCCGACGCUGUAGGAGGCAAGAUGAGAUGACACUGGAAUGACUGCAUAAUAAAAAUAACUGACCCAGGAGUAGGUACACAGCUGUUAUGAAGACGUUUUUUAUUGGUGACUGUUGCAUAAUCUAUGAGCCAUGGGUAUGGUCACUAGCUGCUGUGGGCGGAGGCCUAAGAAGUCCCGCCUCCAUAGUGAACAUGAUCUCAUGUCACCAAAGAAGAAGCGGCACCGUCGUGACAUCAGUGCUACAUAUAGUGCCAAUGACUUUGUCAUGACACUGGAUCAGCUUAACAUUAACCAAGCAACAGAAGAAGAGCUUAUGACCUUACCAACUAUCAGCCGCAACAUUGCCCGCAACAUAAUCCAAUAUCGCAACCACAUUGGUGGGUUUCGGAAAGCAGAAGAUCUAGCUCUUGUGUCUGGAGUAGGUGCUAAUAAACUUGCUUUAAUUCGGAUGGAGAUAUAUUGUGGGAAAUAUGAUCCUGGCAGUCACUCUACACCAUCAUCUAGUCGAAAGAGUAGUCACCGUUUGAAUGCACUCUUGAAACAAAGUGUUGAAAUAAAAGUGGAUGUUAAUAAAGCUACAGCAAUUGAUCUGAGCAAAGUAUCUGGAAUUGGAACAGAUUUAGCGCAGCGUAUCGUAGAUUAUAGGAAUGAAGUUGGCCAGUACAAGUUUCUUACAGAUGUUAGCAAGGUACCUGAAAUAGGGACCUAUUAUUUUGAAAAGAUUAGACACUGUUUGACUAUCGAUGAUAAUGAAAGCACGUGUAGCACAUCAACUACCAUGUCAAUCAUGGAAGACUUCUCCUCAGACUCACUGCCACUCUUGCGAGACCGGGAAAGACCCAAUGGAACCUUACCAUCUGGUUAUGGGGGAUCAAAAAAAGUCCAUGUCACAUCUGCAACACAGACGGACAAUACAUCGAUGCCUACUCCAUUUGCUACAAUGCCAAGGAGAAAAGGACGAAUGAUGCUACGUCGAACACCUUCUCAACGGAUUGGUAGACUACGUGUAGCAUCAUGGAACCUUCAGAAAUUAAGCCUGGAUAAAGUUAAAAACCCUGGAGUGAAGGAAGUCAUUUGUAUGACCUUGCUGGAAAAUGGACUCAGCCUAAUAGCUUGCCAAGACAUUGUAGACAGUACUGCAUUAGAUGAGGUCUGUGCGGAGCUAAACAAUCCAAGUCUAGGACCAGUGAAGGCCUGGUCUGGACAUCGGGGGAAUUGGACCUGCAUCACAGCCUAUUCUGAUGAUAGACGGAACCAGAGCAUUGGAACCUGUGGGUACUUGUGGGAUACCAGCCAACAUGUCCGCCUGAAGCAUUCAUACCGUCUGAAACCGUCAUCUAACCAAACCAUCUCUUUAGCAGGAGGGAUACCCUUCCUUGGACGCUUUGCUAUUCUUCAUACUGAGAUCACUAUCCUCAAUGUUCCUUUCAAUACAGAUGAUGAUCAUAUCAAUCAUCAGCAUGAGGAUUUCCUGUCCAUUGAAGCAUUAGGCCGUACCAUUGAACAGUACUUCCCAGAUAAGGAGAGCAUGAUCGUAGCAUCAGAUCAUUUUCCAAGUCAUGACCUCUCUGAUCUAUCACCUUUGAUCACUUGUGGUUUGAUUCAUGUGUCACCAAAGGGUCAGAUGCCAAACGGAGUUGACCAUUCGCCAGAACUGAAGCAUACUAAUAAUCUUUUCUUCAGCAAUGAGCUACAGAAGUGCUUUAGAGGUUCAUGUGGUGUUAUCAAGGAAGGUCUUUCACAUCCACUCAUACCAGCAGGCUGGACCUGGGGUGGACUGGUAACAGAUCACUCUAUAGCCUGGGCAGAGCUUAUAUUCCAGUUAUGA